UUGGAAUUCACGACCCCCCGAUCCGCUGUCGGCAUCGGCAUGACUUUCCGCCCCCGCCUUAGUGAUCCCCAGACGGCCCGCGACGUUGCCUUCUGCGCUCCCUACGUCGCCCCCUUGAAGGAGCAGCGUGCCGUCCAGGGCUCGGCCGGCCGCGGCGACGACACUCAGAUCGUCCCCGACCUCUCCGGCAACAUCUCCCUCUUGCGCCCCGGGCCUGUUGCCCAUGGCGCGUUCGGAGACGUCUAUGAGGCUGUGUGGAGCAGGGACUCGAAUGCCUCCGAGGUCAAGGUCGCUGUCAAGACUCUGCGCCCCCCUACGAUGGAGGAGGUCCAGGAAAAGGGAAAGAUGUUCCGGCGCGAGCUGCGCGUCUGGAAGAAACUCGACCACGAGAAUAUUCUCCCGCUCUAUGGACUGGCCACUGGCAUCGGCCACGGAGGUUUUCCGGCGAUGGUCUGUCCGUGGGCAGAGCAGAAGAACCUGAACGCGUAUCUCAAGUCCGCCAAGGGCGCGGCGCUCACUGCCCUCGAGAGGUUCUGCAUCCUCAAGGAUAUCUCCGCUGGCCUUCAGUAUCUUCAUUCAUGCUCAAUCGUCCAUGGCGACCUCAACGGCCCAAACAUUCUCAUCGACGCCGACGGCCGUGCCAUGCUCGCCGACUUUGGGCUCUCCACUGUCUUCAUGGAGUUCGGAAGCCACAACGUAUCCUCCGCCAAGUCUGGCGCAUUGCGCUGGACCGCGCCGGAGCUCAUCCACACCAGCGGUAGUGGCGCGUCGACGCUGCCCACGCCGCAGGCGGACGUAUACUCCUUCGGUAGCGUCAUGCUCCAGGUGCUGACCGGCAACGCGCCGUACCAUUACAUCAUGUCGGAGCAAGCCCUCGCCGGCGAAAUCCACCAGGGCAUAAAGCCGAAGCGGCCGACAAACGCCGAGGUCUCGGACGCGCAGUGGGACUUUAUCGAGCGCUGCUGGGCGACGGAGCGCGGCGGCGCGGACCGGCCUACGAUUCAGGAGGUCUGCGAGUUUGUCGCGCGGCAGGCGGACAUGCUCAGGGGGCGCACUGUGAUCUGCGUUAGUCUUCCGGGGCUCGAGCAGGCGGAGGCUGGGUGCAAGCCGCUGGUGAGGGAGGGGGGCGCCGCGGUCGGAAAAGCGUAUCCGAGUCUUGCUGCUGCGAAAGAGGGCACGCUGUCCCCGCAGUUUGUUUCGACGGUGCUGGACAGUCUCAUGCAGGACCUGUCCGCCAAGUUCCAGAACCUGGUCGAUGAAGUGCGGCGCUGGAGCGAAGCGCGAACGACAUAUGCGAAGGUCAACGACCUGUACGUCUGUAUCGCGGAGGACGUCACUUUGAUCGGCACAGCACUGCGCAUGGUCGGGCGCGAGAGCAGCGACCUCACGCCAUACACCCAGCGCCUCGGCGCCGUCCUCGAACAGUGUCUGCUCGACGCGGAGCAGGACCGUGUCCGCGCGUACACUGCCCUCGCCGCGCAGCUCGAGUGCAUCUUCGCACCCCUCAUUACGGUCCUCCGCGCCGCGUUCCCGCCCCCGCUGCAGACCCGCGUUGCGGCGUACGUUGACGUGCUCGACGGGGCCGUCGCCGCGCUUGCGGCUGCGAGCAAAGCCGCAUGGCAGCCGUGCACCGUCGUGCCGUUUGCGAAGCCGACGCCGAUUCGGACGAGCACGAUGCCUGCACCUGUGGCUUCUCGUCCUGGUCUCGGUGGCAUGGCGCAGGAAGACGGGGCGGUGUCGGCGUAUCCGAGGAGGCAGACGGCUACGGGCACUGGUAAUGCUGGUUUGCCCUUGUACACUGAGCCCGGCGCUGGUAUCAACGACGGUCCGCUCAGUGCGACGCCGGACUUUGCGAGGCACGCCUGUAGUCCACCGAGGAGCCCGCAUCAGCAGCAGCAGCAGCAACAGAACGGGAACCACCGUGGUGACCAGAGCUCGGGCGACUCCCAUCUCGCGUAUUUGAGGGGCUCGACGCAGAACCGCACCUCCAGCUCCAGCUCCAGCCCGCACGGGCACACGCGCCACCCGUCGUCGUCCUCCGCGAGCCGGUGGUGAUCUGUUGACUGCCCUGCCCUGCCACGAAGACAAGGCCGCGGUUACGUAUGUAUACGACACUCGACGAAGGGAAGGAACAUGAUAUGAACGGUGACUCCACGAUAUGCGAUGCGAUGCGACGACCACGAAAGUACGAUAUGGCAUACACGAUCCGCCGGACGUUGACGAGCGAUGCGCAACGAGCUGUGACGCUGACACUGACACUGACACUGACACUGAUACAAAUACACUGGACGAACCCUUCGACGUGGUACGUAGCAGCCACUGGCACCACCACAGUCUACCCCAUGCAUCACAUACAUACAUGACAUACAUUUGAUACCAACCCUCAAAACUUCCUUUGGUUUUUCUCUCUCUUCUUCUUCUUCUUGCAUUGUGCAUAUAUCCGAGUCCUAGCGCUUGUUUCGC